AUGUUCACUUUAACACAUAUUACCCAUCCUACGGUCGAUACGAAGGGCCCAUUGCUCCUUCUGCAAUCUGAGCAUGGAGAUCGGUUUCUCUUCGGGCAGAUCCCCGAGGGUACCCAAAGGACGUUGCCAGAAAACAAGACAAGACUCUCCAAGCUAGGGCAUAUUUUCUUGACGGGCCUUAUGAGCUGGGACUCUAUUGGAGGUUUACCGGGCAUGAUCCUGACGCUGUCUGACCAAGGCAUAAAAGCCAUGAAUAUCGUUUACGGUCACGAUGUUGUUAAUUAUGUGGUUAGCACCUGGAGAUACUUUGUUUUUCGAUUUGGGAUGAAAUUAAACACCAAGGUAGUCACGGAUGGCCAGUCUUUUGAUAAUGAACUUAUGCGGGUGCGUUCCAUCGUGAUCAAUGAGGACUCCACAAAUUCAGCUACCUUUCCCAAGGAACUCGUUGGUGCACUCAAAGGCAUCGUCUCCAGGAUGUUCCCUCCUCACGAACCUACUGCUCGCCACGAUCCAGCUUCCGAUCCUCACAUGAACGUUGAACUCCCACUGAAGUAUACCAUUCCUAAGCAGUCUACCUCAUACGAAAUAAAUCUAAAGUCUGUCAGAGGUAAGUUCAAGGUGGAGGAAGCCAUAAGGCUAGGAGUUCCCAAGGGCCAGCUUUUCGCACAACUUACGAAGGGCAACAGUGUCACGCUUGAUAAUGGCACCAUUGUGAGGCCCGAACAAGUGCUGGAUAAGCAGAGAGACUUUGCCAAGAUUCUGAUUUUGGACAUUCCAUCAGACUCAUUCGUUGCCGCUUUUCGCGAUAAACUCAAGAACUAUGAUUCGUCGUCACUGGGGGCGGUAUAUUAUUUUCUCGGUGACGGUGUAACAUUCAAUAAAUCACUAUCGGUGCUUAUGGAGUCUUUAGACUCUCAAUGUACCCAGCAUUUCAUCUCCCAUUCAAACGUUUGUCCCAACUCAAUUGUAUUUCGGAGCUCAGCUGUCACCGCACUGAAGCUCAAGACGCUACAACCCAAAAACUAUAAUUUGCCUUUGUCUGACAGAGUGUUUUCGAAAGAAUUUUAUGAAUGCUUCCAGAAACCACUACCAAAUGGCACUUCUGUUAUUCAGCAUUCUGAUGAAGUUUUGAGAUCAUCAAUUAGUCCAAGUAGAGUGCAUAUUAUGUUACAAAACGAUGUGGUUGCUAUUGAGCCCUUCACUCCCGGUGAAGAAAACUUAAAAGUACGCCACUUUCAAAAGUUCAAGAAUAUGCCAUCAUGGUCGUCUGUUUAUGAAAGGCAUAUCAAAUCAUUGAAUCUAUCGGGGGUUUCCUAUGAAUCCGUAGCCCCUAAGGGUUUACCUGCUAACAACUUCAAUAACGCGCAAAACAGUGGAAAAGUCGAAGUUGUUACCCUCGGUACAGGCAGUUCGUUACCCUCCAAGUAUAGAAACGUCAUUUCGACAUUGGUCAAAGUGCCUUAUAAACAAAAUGGCAAAGUCAUUGAUCGCAACAUACUUCUUGAUGCGGGAGAGAACACCUUGGGAUCAAUAAAGAGAAAUAUACCGGAUGUCCAGCUCCCGCGAUUGUUUCAAAAUUUGAGGCUGAUUUACCUAAGUCACUUACAUGCCGAUCACCAUUUAGGCAUUGCUAGUCUUCUAUCGGAGUGGUACAAACACAAUAGUUCGGAUCCUUCUGCUGUAAUUUAUGUUGUUGUUCCCUGGCAAUUCAAUAUAUUCCUAAAGGAAUGGCUCGUAAUGGAAGACAAAAACAUAAUUGAUCGGGUCAGAUACGUUAGCUGUGAACACUUGAUCGAGGGAGGAUUUGUCAGAAAAGAAUUUAAACCAGUCUCUUUCGAUACCCUUGUGUCUGAAUAUGAACCGAAAUUCAAGAAGAGACGUCUCGAGUAUGACGACAAGUCUUCAUAUAGAGACCGCGAGACAAUCACUCAAAUGUAUCGAGAUCUGAAAAUCCUCACUUUUCAAACAUGCCGUGCAAAACAUUGUGACUGGGCCUACUCCAACUCUAUUACAUUUUUUACAAAUUCAGAUUCUUCAUCUGUAUUCAAGGUUUCUUAUUCUGGUGACACUAGACCUAACGUCGACAAGUUUGCUAAGAUUAUAGGAAAAGAUUCAGACCUUCUAAUCCAUGAGGCUACCCUGGACAAUGAACUUGUAGAAGAUGCCAUCAAGAAAAGGCACUGUACUAUCAACGAGGCAAUUUCCGUUUCAAAUAGCAUGCGAGCAAGAAAGCUGAUCCUCACCCACUUUUCCCAGAGGUAUCCUAAAUUACCGCAAGUGGAUAACAACAUUACUAUUGAAGCCAAGGAGUACUGUUUUGCAUUUGAUGGAAUGAUUGUAUCUUACGAUGAUAUCGGGGAACAAGCUUCAAGACUACAUGAUCUGAAUAAGGUCUUCAUCGAAGAACAACAGGAAGAAGCUAAUGAAGUUGGGGAUCUUAGAUAG